UUGUGUUGGGACUUCCUGCCUUGGAGUAUAGUAAUAGGAAGGGAUUUUUCCUUUUAAGAUGACAAACGUAUAUACCCCCCCCCCUUCCUCAGAUUUGGGAACCGCCAGCUCACUUUAACGCUUUUCUGCGUGCACUUUAAUGGGAGUAUGAUAAUGAGCUGAUUGGGUGCUGGAGCGGAAUAAGGAAUCGGGUUUUUGUUUUCCUGAGAUUUGUUAGACCCUCUUAGGAUGCUGGGUGCUUAGUACAAGUUACCAAUUACAACAGUGUGCUCGAAGCAAAUUCUGAUUCGGAUGAUGAAGACAAAUUGCACAUAGUGGAAGAGGAAAGUGUUACAGACGCAGCAGAUGGCGAGGGCAGCGUUCCAGAAGAUGACUUGCCAACAGACCAAACAGUAUUACCAGAAGGCAGCGAGAGCGCAAAGGGGAGCGGCAAAACUUGCUGGGAAGAUGAAGAAGGGGCAGAUUGCAGUGAUGAGAUCCUGGGGCCUGAAGCCGAAGCUGAUGAACUUGGAUGUACAGUUAAAGAUGAAGAAUGCGAUUCAGACCUAGAAAAUGAACAAAACCAAGAUCCCAACGUUGAAGAAUUCCUACAGCAAAGCGACACUGCUGUAAUCUAUCCGGAAGCGCCAGAGGAUGACCAGAGGCAAGGCACGCCGGAGGCGGUUGGUCAAGAUGAAAAUGGAACGCCAGACGCAUUCUCCCAGCUCCUCACCUGCCCGUAUUGUGACAGGGGAUACAAGCGCUUCACGUCUUUGAAGGAACAUAUUAAGUACCGCCAUGAGAAAAAUGAAGACAAUUUCAGUUGCUCGAUGUGUAGUUAUACCUUUGCUUAUAGAACCCAGCUUGAUCGUCACAUGACCUCUCAUAAAUCAGGAAAAGAUCAGAGACAUGUGACGCAGUCUGGAGGCAACCGUAAAUUCAAAUGCCCUGAGUGUGGAAAAGCUUUUAAAUACAAACACCAUCUGAAAGAACACUUACGGAUUCACAGUGGAGAGAAGCCAUACGAGUGCCCAAACUGCAAGAAGCGAUUUUCUCAUUCUGGUUCCUACAGUUCCCACAUAAGCAGUAAGAAAUGUAUCGGUGUGGCGCCUGUGAAUGGACGCGUGCGCUCAGGGCUGAAGACUCCCCAGUGCUCCUCCCCGUCCCUUUCUGCUUCUCCGGGAAGUCCAGCUCGACCACAGAUCCGCCAGAAGAUAGAGAACAAACCUUUGCAAGAGCAGAUUCCAGUUAACCAAAUCAAAACCGAACCUGUGGAUUAUGAAAUCAAGCCUAUCGUGGUGACAUCAGGAAUCAACUGCUCAGCCCCUUUGCAAAAUGGGGUGUUUAGUAGUGGUAGCCGUUUGCAGGCAACUAAUUCUCCUCAGGGUGUUGUACAAGCUGUUGUUCUGCCAACUAUGGGUCUGGUGUCCCCCAUAAGUAUUAACCUUAAUGACAUUCAGAAUGUUCUUAAGGUGGCAGUUGAUGGGAAUGUAAUAAGACAAGUAUUAGAAAAUAACCAUGUCAGUCUUGCAUCCAAAGAACAAGGGACUCUCACCUCCGCCACAAUCCAACAAGCCGGCCAUUCUGUUAUUUCCGCUAUUAGUCUUCCAUUGGUUGAUCAAGACGGUACAACCAAGAUCAUCAUCAAUUACAGCUUAGAGCAACCUAGUCAGCUUCCCCUCGUUGCGCAAAAUUUGAAAAAAGAAGCCACAGCUCCUGCAGAAGUCUGCAAAACGGAGAAGUUGCCAGAAGAUCUCACUAUCAAAACUGAAAAGGAUACUAAGUUUACAGAAGAAAGCACUUGUUUACUUGGUGCCGAUCACCCAGGAGACAAAAAUGCACUUCAAGAACCCAAGCACUAUGAUCAGAAAAAGAACAGCCUACUUCCAGAGAGUAGCAAAGCCGAACCUAUCAAAUCCGAGCCAACUUCUGCCGACCCCGAAGAUGGCAAUCUUACUCCAAGCCAACCACCUUUAAAGAAUCUCUUAUCUCUUCUGAAAGCAUACUAUGCUUUAAAUGCUCAGCCGAGCUCCGAGGAACUUUCUAAAAUUGCAGAUUCAGUAAACCUACCACUCGACGUGGUAAAAGACUGGUUUGAAAAAAUGCAGAAUGGAGAAAUAUCUGUGGAGUCAUCUCGGCCCUCAUCUCCAAAACCUGGACAAGACAGUGUUACAGAAAACAGUGUGGAAUCUAAAGAUGAAAGUGGAUUGCAUAACGGCACGAACGUUUCACUGAAAUCCCCCAAACAAGAACCUGAGGAACCGUUAGCUGUUAAUGGUCCAGAAAGUGGCACAGCUUCUCCUACACCACUAAACCUCUCUUCUUUAAAAAACUCAGAAGGUGCAGCCUGCUCCGAUGGAACCCCAGAUGGGGAGCAGCAGGCCGAGCCUCUUGAUCUAUCCUUACCAAAGCCACAUGGAAAUGUGCCGGAGCGACCUUCCAUCACUAGUGUUUACCAGAGCAGUUCAUAUUCUGUUCAAGAAGAACCCUUGAACUUGUCUUGUGUUAAAAAAGAGCCAAUGCAAGUGGACGAUGUUACAAAAGCAGAGCCAAUGCUAAUUAUUAACCCAAGUGCCAAUCCAAUAAAUAUUGCUAUUCCUACAGUCACUGCCCAGUUACCUACAAUCGUUGCCAUUGCCGAUCAAAACGGUGUUCCGUGUUUAAGAGCUCUAGCUGCCAGUAAGCGAACUAUCUUGAUUCCCCAAGUGACGUACACUUACUCAACCACUGCUAAUCCUUCAGUACCGGAACCGCAACUCAAGAACAUCCAGCCUAAUGGAAAUCAGGAUGAGCGGCAGGAUACAAGCUCGGAAGGAGUGUCAAAUGUAGAAGAUCAGAAUGACUCUGAUUCCACCCCACCCAAAAAGAAACUGAAAAAAACAGAGAACGGUCUCUAUGCCUGUGACCUCUGUGACAAAAUUUUCCAGAAAAGCAGCUCACUGCUGAGACAUAAGUAUGAACACACAGGUAAGAGGCCACAUGAAUGUGGAAUCUGUGCAAAGGCAUUUAAACACAAACACCAUUUAAUUGAGCAUAUGCGCCUACAUUCUGGAGAAAAGCCCUAUCAAUGUGACAAAUGUGGGAAACGGUUUUCGCACUCCGGAUCCUACUCUCAGCACAUGAACCACCGCUACUCUUACUGCAAGAAGGAAGCCGAGGAACGAGAUGGCAUGGAGCAGGAAGAAUCCGCUCAGGAGAUCCUUGGCAACGAGAACGUGGAUUCCCAGGUGUCUCCAUCUCAGAUAGACUCUGAUGAGCGCGAGAGCAUAACCCGGGAGGAAGACAGUGAGAAGGAAGAGGAGGAUAAGGAAGAAGACGAUAAGGAAGAGGAGGAUGAGAAAGAGGAGGAUAAGGAAGAGGAGGAAAAGGAAGAGGAGGAUGAGAAAGAGGAGGAUGAGAAAGAUAUGGAUGAUGGACAGGAAGAAAAGGAACAUGUUGGAGAGGGGGAAAUGGAAGAGGGAGAAGCAGAACCAUUGGCAGGUACUUUGAAGGAUGAAGAAUGUGUAGAGGAAGACAAAUGUUUGGAAGAAGAGGUCACAGAAGAGAAUGUAUCGGAGAAAGCCCUCCCUCAGCCGUAGCCAGACUCCUCCUAUUUUCCCAAGGUGGAAAAGGCUUUUUUUUGAAGUUAUAAUGAAGUCUAUUCUAUAAUAUACAUGCUUCUUUCUCUGAAACACAGUAGCUUAAAUACUGUGAUUUCUGUUUCACUACUGUGUUUAAAAAAGAAAAAAAACAAAAACAAAAAAUCCAGGUGUGCCUGAAAUCUCAAACUUAGAAAUUUUUCACAGCAAUUUUAAAAAAAAAAAAAUUUAGGAAACAAGUUUGUUACAUGCAACGUCAAAGAUAUAUAUAUAUAGAAAUAAUGACUUGGAAGUUAAAGAAAAAAAGAAAAAAAAAAAAGGAAAAAAAUCAGGUUUUAAGGAACCUAUUCAUUCUGCUCAUACACACAUCUGGAACCCUUGCUUUUAUCAGUAUUACAUUUCAUUUAUUGUGUCGGUUAGUUUGUACAUUUGGGAGAAAAAUGUUCUUUUUUUUCUGUUCAGACAUUUUACUAAAAGUCCGCUUCAGUAUUUUAUUUUAUAAAAAAAAAGAAAAAAUGUGAGUAUAACUGCACUACAGAAUUCCUUUUACAAAUAAUGCAUAUUGGUAUAUGGAACGGAACCGCUGCCUCGGUGCUCCUGCCGAGAGGGGCGCGGGCGGAGGCUCCCAGAGGAUAGAGUUUUCAAGUUUAUCAUUUACAGCAGAUUGUUUUUUGUUUUAGCCUUAAGACAAAAUGUGUUGGGGGAGGGGCGAUGAAUUUUGGGGGAGGGGGUAAAGGGCGUGUUCUUAUUGAUGUGGUUAAAUUGAUGUAUUAAGAGUUUCUUGAUUGCAGGGAAUAACCCAGUCGAUGGGCUUUCAGUUGCCUACAGAGGUCGCUCUGCAACUCUGUGCUUUGCCGGAAGUUCUAGAUCGUCUUGAAGGCCCCAGGUUACCCAUACCUGGAAUACCCGUUUAUACUGGGACAGCAAAAAACAAAAACCAACAGUUCAUAAUUGCUUGAACGUGUAGUAUAAAAAUGAAGGAUAUGAAGCUAUGUAUCUCCUUUUGGCCUUAUGCAAGACCUCUGUGCUGUUAGUGCCAUUUUCAGUAUUCUAAAGGCUUACAUUUGCCUGUGUUUGACUCUUGAGGGUGCCCAAUGGGUGUGCAAUGCAUGACAAUCCCUUCUGGCACUCAAAGGGUUCAUGGGGGGGUCUAUAAUAACUAGCAUUUGUGGUCUGAUAAUAUUUUUUAAAGAGAACCUAUAUUUCUGAACUUUUAUUUUGUAUAUAAUAUCUGUGUUUCUGUGUUAAUGUUGCUUUUUGUGUUUUGAUAGGAAACUGAAGUUCUUGAGCACAUAGGAUCUUCUGUCUUGCAUCAUAUCCCCCCAUACCUCCCUAUUGUUUGGCACUGUCCAGGAUAUGGGUGGAGCUUACUAGAAAGUGGGAGGAGUUUGGAGCCGAGUAGGGUUGUUAUAGGAGUGGUUUUAAUUAGUGGCGGUAACAUUUCCCAAUGGGAAUAGUGGGAGCUAUGCUUUCUGGGAAUAUUCCGUCUUGCCAAUAUUUUCUCCAUAAAAUGCUAAUUAUUAUGGACCUCGUUCAUUAAUGGUGUUAGCUAAGAUUACCUAUCAGUAUUAUUUUACGUUUUUAUUUAGUUUAGUCCUGUGCAACAUUUUUUUUUUGUUUUGUACUGUAUGUCUUCAAAACCCGGCAGUAUUAAUACCCCCCCCCCCCCUCCUUCCUUCUUACUGACGUACCCUUUUAGUUUUAGAAAACUUUUAUAUUUAUGUGUCUUAUUUUUAUAUUUCUUUAUUUAUUACACAGUCUCUAGUGUAUAAAACUGUAGUUUGUAUUAAUACAAUAAUAUAUUUUAGUAUGAAAUUUUGGAAAGUUGAUAAGAUUUAAAAAAAAAAUGAAAAAAAAAAUAGUAGAGAACCAAACAGCGCUCUCUCUCUCGCAUUGAGAUUUAACAGUGUUACGUUGACAUUUUUACUUGCCUUGGACUGUAGGAGAGGUAACUUGAGACAGAAAUGUAUGUAUUAGAUUCACCGUUGCAGACAUCUUGCUCUUAUCUGGUUUUUAAUAGUUAAAAAGACAAACGCCGAUGCUGUGGGGCUGCGUCCGAGCUCUGCCAUUGGUUACAGGGCGCCACAGGGGUAAUGGUCUCUAGCAAAGCCAAAUUAGAAUUUUACAUUUUACAAUACAGUAUUGGGAAUUUGGGAACAAUGUUUAACAUUUUUGUGCCAAUUUGUUCCAGUAUUCAUGUGUUUUGUUUUUUUGUUUUUGUUCUGUUUUGGGGGGGCGGGGCAGGGAAAAGUAAACAAAACAUAAAGUUUUUAUGUUCAUUGUUAUAUCAUAGUCAUUUUCUAGUUUUUUACCAAGCUCCCUCUCUCACAAUAAAAUACAUCAACCAGU